AUGCAAGUGAAUACUGAAGACGUUACAGUGCCAUGGGGUAGGGCACCGGAUUCUUUGGACAUACAGAUGGGCCGCUGGCGCAUGGCAGUGUUUCAGGAUGUUCAAGAAAGUAUCGACCGCUCCAAGCUGUACUUUCUGUAUGAUCCGGUUGCAGAUGAAAAUUCGGGAACGACUGGUGGACGCAAGGGCAACCAAGGUUUGGUUGUUUUCGAUUUGUACCAGCGAUGCUUUACUCGAGAGAUACCUAUCUUUUGUGAAGGAGCACCGAAAUUCUUAUUUGCACUGAAGUGUCCUUCAUCUUCUGGAGGUUCUUCAUUUGUCGUUGCUUGUACAGCUAACAGAUAUGGUCAGACUGGGUUAUUACUCUACAGAAUUAAUUUGACAUGUGAUGGGAUGAAUUUGGAAAGCGAGCCACAAGCACUGUUGUCAAAUUUCAUAGUAGUCAAUGAUACAUUUAUCGCUUCGAUGCGUGAAGAUGCACCUGAAGUUGUGGUGAUUACUGGUCCUGGUCUUACUGUUUGGCGAGUCAACUGUCUUAGCGAGCAGUCUUCCAACCCAAUCGAAUCCUUCUCACUCUCAGGCGACCUCAAUCAUUAUUACGAUGCUUAUCUAAGUCAAGGGAAAAUAUACUUUCUUUCCCAGUCACCUGAUGGACAUUUCGAUCAUUCGCGUAUCCACGUUCUUGAAAUCACAGGACAGCACCAGUUACAUACUGUGAUGUGCAAUCCUGAUCCUGUUCGCAGUGCACCAUGUUCUCGUAAGCAGGCUGCUAUUGAUUCUGUGGCGGGAUACAUUUUACUUGCCGGUGGCGAGAUCACUUACGACGGCUCGGUAUCUCGUCUUCUUGAUUAUUGGUUUCUUGAUCUUUCAACUUUUACAUGGCAACAAAUUCCUGCUGAAAUGCCAAUCCCUCUGAUUGAACCACGCCUUACAACUACGAAUUCAGGAAAUAUUUAUUUGUGGGGUGAUUUCGAUCAGCCAAUGCCAGGUAUGCCAACAGGAACACACCUACGUAUUCUGAAAAUAACUGGAUUUGAAAGCAUUAAACCACCUUCCUAUGAGGAAGCAUCUAAAAAACCUACUUCACCUCCGUUUGUUCCACAAGGACCAUAUCCAGCUGGCAAUGCAGAUGGGUCAUUCCCAUCUUAUCCAAAUCUUGGUUUUGCACCAAGUAGUACGCAGAAUAUGGCUCCUUAUCCACAAAAUGAUUCCCCCUAUCCACAAAAUAAUCCUCCUUAUCCACAGAGUCAACCCUUUUAUCCACCGGGCCAAGCAACACAUCCACAAGGGCAACCGCUGCAGGAUUAUCCGGAGUCAGUACCUUACCCUCAGAGUGAUAGCCGUCAGAACCCUUAUCAAGGCAGUACGCAGCAGCAGUCGUACGGUGGUGUUCCAGGGCAAUAUACUGGCCAACAUGCUUUUUAUCCACCACAAGAAAAGCAGAAUUGCUGUCUUCAGUGA